AUGUCGCUACUCGGGACUGUGAACCCGCACGCUUCCUCGGCCUAUGCGUCGGAGGAAAGCUACAUCGCGGCCAUGGAGGCUCGCCGCCAUGACCCCGGCGCCUGCAUGAGUAUGUCCAACGCUAGUACCAUGAUCCCGGACAACCACGAAAUUUUGGACGAUGAACACGUCGAGGUCGAGGUUCGCAGCUUAGCCCGCCAACUCACCCGCCAAUCAACACGACACUCCAUGGCGCUGGAUGUCGCCGAACAAAAUACCUUCGCCGGCGUCGACCAGGACUCGACCCUGGACCCCAACAGCCCCAACUUCAAGGCCAAGCAUUGGAUGAAAAACUUCCUCGCCAUCAACUCCCGCCACGGUGAUAAGGACCUCAAGCGCGAGGCCGGUCUGGCAUUUAGAAACCUCAGCGUCCACGGAUUUGGAAGUCCCACCGAUUACCAGAAGGAUGUCGCCAAUGCAGUCUUGCAGGUGGGCGCCUUGUUCCGCUCCAUGGCGGGUACUGGCAAACAGAAGAUCCAGAUUCUUCAGAACUUCGACGGUCUGAUCAAGAGCGGCGAGAUGCUGGUCGUCCUCGGUCGCCCUGGAUCUGGCUGUUCGACUUUCUUGAAGACCAUUGCCGGAGAGAUGAACGGUAUCUACAAGGACGAGUUGUCUUACCUCAACUACCAGGGUAUCUCCGACGAGGAGAUGCGCACCCAGUUCCGUGGUGAGGCGAUCUACACAGCGGAGACGGACGUUCACUUCCCCCAGCUGUCUGUCGGAGACACCUUGAAGUUUGCUGCGCUGGCGCGUGCACCUCGCAACCGGUUGCCUGGUGUCAGUCGCGACCAGUAUGCCGAGCACAUGCGUGACGUGGUGAUGGCCAUGCUGGGUCUGGGUCACACCAUCAACACCCAGGUCGGUAACGACUUCAUUCGUGGUGUUUCCGGUGGUGAGCGCAAGCGUGUCAGUAUCGCUGAGGCCACCCUCUGUGGCAGUCCUCUGCAGUGCUGGGACAACAGUACCCGUGGUCUGGAUAGUGCCAACGCCCUAGAGUUCUGUAAGACUCUGAACCUGAUGGCCAAGUAUGCUGGCACCACCUGUGCUGUUGCCAUCUACCAGGCCUCCCAGAGCGCCUACGAUGUUUUCGACAAGGUCACCGUGCUGUACGAGGGCCGACAGAUCUACUUCGGUCCCACCGACGAGGCCAAGGAGUUCUUCACCGACAUGGGCUUCGAGUGCCCCGAGCGUCAAACCACCGCCGAUUUCCUCACCUCGCUGACCAGUCCCACCGAGCGUAUCGUCAAAGAAGGCUACGAGAAGCGCGUCCCCCGCACUCCCGAUGACUUCGCCCUUGCCUGGAAGAGCAGUGAUGCGUACCGCAAGCUACAGGCAGACAUCACUGAGUACGAUGACCAGUACCCUAAGGGUGGCGAGGCUUUGUCCAAGUUUGUCGAGUCGCGCAAGGCCAUGCAAUCUAAGAACACCCGCACCAAGUCCCCUUACACCAUGUCAGUCGUGGAACAGGUCGAUCUCUGCGUCCGUCGCGGUUUCCAACGUUUGAAGGGUGAUGCCAGUUUAUCCAUCUCCGCUCUUAUUGGUAACUUCAUCAUGGCCCUGAUUAUUGGUUCGGUUUUCUACCAACUGCCCGACGAUGUGUCCAGUUUCUACUCCCGUGGUGCCCUUCUCUUCUUCGCUGUCCUCCUCAACGCCUUCUCCAGUGCUCUGGAGAUUCUGACUCUCUACGCCCAACGUCCCAUCGUCGAAAAGCAAGCCCGGUACGCCAUGUAUCACCCAUUCGCCGAGGCCAUCGCCUCCAUGCUGUGUGACUUGCCUUAUAAGCUCACCAACUCGAUUACCUUCAACAUUCCGCUCUACUUCAUGACCCGUCUGCGCCAGACCCCUGGGGCUUUCUUCACUUUCCUGCUAUUCUCUGUCAUCACCACCCUGACCAUGUCAAUGGUGUUCCGUACCAUUGCUGCUACUUCGCGUACCCUGUCUCAGGCUCUGGUGCCCGCUGCCAUCUUGAUUCUGGGUCUGGUGAUCUACACUGGAUUCACCAUUCCCACUCGUAACAUGCUUGGCUGGUCUCGCUGGAUGAAUUACAUCGACCCGAUUGCCUACGGCUUCGAGUCAUUGAUCGUCAACGAGUUCCACAACCGGAAUUUCCCGUGCCGGGAGGAUUCAUUUGUCCCUCCAUACCCGAAUGUUGGUGAUUUCAACAAGAUUUGUUCUCAAAAGGGCGCCAAGGCUGGUCAGAACUUCAUCAACGGCGACGACUACUUCGAGACUAGCUUCCAAUACGCCAACAGCCACAAGUGGAGGAACCUGGGUAUCAUGUUCGGCUUCAUGAUCUUCUUCAUGGCUACCUACCUCAUUGGCACCGAGUAUAUCUCUGAGUCAAAGUCCAAGGGCGAAGUGCUCCUGUUCCGUCGCGGCCAAACUCCCCGCAAGUCCGCUCCCGCCGAUGGUGAUAUCGAAAUGACUGCCAUGAGCCCUGCCGGCAAGAAGGAUGACGGUCCUGGUGCCCAGGAAUCCGGUGGCAUUCAAAGACAAACCGCCAUCUUCCACUGGCAAGACGUCUGCUAUGAUAUCCAGAUCAAAAAGGAAGAGCGUCGCAUUCUCGAUCACGUCGACGGCUGGGUCAAGCCCGGAACCUGCACUGCGCUCAUGGGUGUUUCUGGAGCCGGUAAAACCACUCUUCUGGAUGUCCUUGCCACGCGUGUCACAAUGGGUGUUGUUACUGGUGAAAUGUUGGUCGACGGCCGCCCUCGCGACCAGUCCUUCCAGCGAAAGACCGGCUACGUCCAACAACAGGAUCUCCACUUGCACACUUCCACUGUCCGCGAAGCUCUUCGCUUCAGUGCUGUCCUCCGUCAACCCUCCCACGUCCCCCACCAGGAGAAACUCGACUAUGUCGAGGAAUGUAUCAAACUUCUUGGAAUGGAACACUACGCUGAUGCCGUCGUGGGUGUCCCUGGUGAAGGUCUCAACGUCGAGCAGCGCAAGCGUCUGACCAUCGGUGUCGAACUUGCUGCCAAGCCCCAGCUCCUUCUCUUCCUGGACGAGCCUACAUCCGGUCUUGAUUCUCAGACUUCCUGGUCCAUUCUGGAUCUCAUCGACACUCUCACCGACCACGGCCAAGCUAUUCUCUGCACCAUCCACCAGCCUUCCGCUAUGCUUUUCCAGCGUUUCGAUCGCCUGCUCUUCCUCGCCCGCGGUGGUAAGACCGUCUACUUUGGAGACAUCGGUGAAAAGUCCAACACCCUCGCCAGCUACUUCGAGCGCAACGGUGCUCCCAAGCUACCCCAUGACGCCAACCCUGCCGAAUGGAUGCUGGAAGUCAUUGGUGCCGCCCCUGGAUCUCACAGUGAUAUCGAUUGGCCCGCCGUUUGGCGUGAGAGUCCUGAACGCCAGGAAGUCCACAACCACCUCGAUCACCUGAAGAAUACUCUCACAGCCAAGCCCGUGGAAACGACGAACAACGACCCGACUGCCUUUAACGAAUUUGCUGCGCCUUUCACUGUUCAACUCUGGGAGUGCCUGGUUCGCGUCUUCAGUCAAUACUGGCGUACCCCCAUCUACAUUUACUCCAAGGCCGCUCUGUGCUCUCUCACAGCUCUGUACAUCGGUUUCUCAUUCUUCCACGCCCAGAACAGUCAGCAAGGACUUCAGAACCAGAUGUUCAGUAUCUUCAUGCUGAUGACCAUCUUCGGUAACUUGGUGCAACAAAUCAUGCCUCACUUCGUGACCCAACGCUCCCUCUACGAGGUCCGCGAGCGCCCAUCCAAGUCCUACUCCUGGCAGGCGUUCAUGACAGCCAACAUCAUCGUCGAACUCCCCUGGAACACCCUCAUGGCCGUCCUCAUCUUCGUCUGCUGGUACUACCCCAUCGGUUUGUACCGCAACACCGAGAUCAUGGACAACCUCCACGAACGUGGUGCCCUGAUGUUCCUCCUCAUCUGGACCUUCCUGCUCUUCACCUCCACCUUCGCCCACAUGGUCAUUGCUGGAAUCGAGCUCGCAGAAACAGGUGGUAACAUUGCCAACUUGGUCUUCUCCCUCUGCCUCAUCUUCUGUGGUGUCCUCGCCACCCCAGAGAAGAUGCCCCACUUCUGGAUCUUCAUGUACCGCGUUUCGCCCUUCACAUACCUUGUCUCCUCCAUGCUGUCCACCGGUACCGCCGGUGCCAAGGUCAUCUGCGAGGACAUCGAGUUGCUCAAGUUCCAGCCCCUGUCGAACCAGACCUGCGGUGAAUACAUGAAGGAAUACAUGGCCCAGGCGGGUGGCUACCUCGUCGACACGAGCGCCACUUCCGACUGCGAAUUCUGCACCAUCGCAGAGACAGACAUGUUCCUUGCAGGUGUCAGCAGUUACUGGAAGGACGCGUGGCGCAACUUCGGAUUCAUGUGGAUCUAUAUUAUCUUCAACAUCUUCGGUGCCGUGUUCAUCUACUGGCUUGCUCGUGUCCCCAAGGGAACUCAGAACAAGAAGAAGACCGCUUAA